UAUGGCGCCCAAAACAAAUGUGCUCACAGUCCGAGAUCGGAAUGGUGUUCUAAUUUACUUCGAGAAUUUAUGAUCACGAUCGCAACUUUUGUGUAGUUUACAAAGAAAUGGAAGGAAUUUAUGAAGUUUCGUCUUCAGAGAAAGUCAAAUCGCUGGAAGAAGAUCUAAAGAAAGAGCUGAAAGAAUUACAAAAUGAAGUCGAAGAGGGAAACUUUCUAAGCUCGUCUGCAGCGCCGAAGGCAUUUGGAUCUGUUCCCUUACCUAAGGAUGUCGAUCAUUUUAAAAGAGAAAGGAAGCUCGCUAUAAACAAAAGUCUUCAGGUUCGUGAAGCACAGCCUUUGAUAAUACAAUCAGAUGUGAUGCAGGAGGAGAUGAGCAGCUGUUGUCAAGUAGAAUAUACUGCAAGGAGUAUACCACUUUUGCUACAUCAGUUUUUUUUGGACAGAAUAGAACACUUGGUUCAGUGCAAACACAUGCACAUGCUACGCUGGGCUCGUUUCUGUGAGCACACGAAGGCCAUAGAAAAUCUGUUUCCUGUUUACCAGAAAAGACUCAGUUAUAUUAUGGAAGAAUAUCAAGACUGUCUGCAGCGUGCAAGAAGACUGGCUGUGGCAUGUGAAGCAACUCUAGCUGGAGGUGAUUCAGCAAUGAGUGUAGUUACCAUGGAUGAUCUACUUAUUUACAGCCGCUGGUUCAUCUGUAUGUUGCAUUCAGUGAAGAACAUUCAUGCAUUCAUAAGGACGGUCGAGUGGCUUCCCGUGACACACAAGAACACUAUUCAACCUCAAGUCGCUGAGAAGGACGAAAAACCUCCUGAACAGGAACGCAAAGCCUCUGUGGGACCGCCCUCCAAAGCACGCGGCCAACUGAAGAAGAUUCUCAGUCAAGUGUCGAUCACGGCCCACCUUCAUGUCCUAAGACCUCAACCUACCCCUGAUGCCAGUCUUCCGCCGCCGCCUCCUCUUAGUCUGACCCCCUAUCAGUUGGUGUCAGGAACGAAUCCCUCCAUCGCGGCAGCAGCGGCUGCUUCGGGCGGAGGGCUGGCGUCUGAUGAGAUAAACCUGAAGUUGCCAUUACACGAGAUGACGUUUGCUACUAUAAAACCUCUGCUGGAGUUCUUUAUGACUUGUUAUGCUGUUGAGAUGGACAUAAAUCAAAUCAACACUCAUGCAGAUGAAAUGGAUCUCUUUACUAUGGUCUCAAGAAGAUUCAAGAAGGUCUUUUCCAAACAAGAACAAAUGAGAACUUUCCCCGUGUACGAUGCUUCCAUCGAGGAGUUUGGAGAUAGUAAAAUAAGAAGCGAAGGAGCCUUGCACACUUUCAAGCAGCAGUCGAACUGGACUUCUUUCAACUCUCUGAGGCCAGAGCAGGCCUCGGUUCAAGUUAAGGCCAUGACAAAGCUGAAGCAUAAAGGCAACAUUGAUGAGUUACUUAGAGCUCAUUCACGUUUCCUUCACGUACAAGAUGGCCAGAGGAUACUGUCAUCAUUAAAGGAACAUGCCAAAGCUGUCUUGGAGCCGCCAACGCCUCUUCCAGCAGCUGUAACGACUUACCAUACCAAGAAUAACACGGCUGCAGUAUGGAAACGCAUUUUCAGCUAUGCUAAUGUGAGCUUGAGCUCCAAAGAUGAUGUUCUGGAGUUCGACACGAAAAUCAGUGAAGAUGACAUGGGAGGCAAUAGUAACUCCACGGGAGAGUUUGAUUUGGGUACUGCGGUUGAACUUCUUGGCUUGGAUGACGAAGAUGCUAAGACUCAGGCCAGUAAACUUCAAGGCGCCUACAUGUCCUUCCUCCUUCUGAGGCACCUCAGACUUAGGGAUCUACAGAGAUCGUGCCUUGGCAUACUCAACUACUUCAAGUCAACUGAAAGAACUUUAACGAUUAAUGACGGUGGCUUAUCACUAGAAGGAGGAAAACAAAAAGCAUUCAAACAUCAAGUGUUCCAUGGCGGUGGUAUAUCAGGUGUUGGAUCGCAUCAAUACGUUCACAACACCCCGGCUGACUACAGGGUUGAACAGUCUGAAUUCAUGGAGUUUUCAGAGGUUGAAAAUCAUGAUGACUUUUUUACUACCGGGGAAGGUCGGGUUCAUAUUCAGGAUCAAAGAGGAUACUACAUCCUAUACGAUACGGCGCUUGCAAGCUUCAAGGAACUGGAGACAGAACUUCUUCUUGUGGCCACUCAUUUCCUUCAAAAAGACAAAGAUUUGAGGCUGCCUAGAAAUCUGAAGUUUCAGGGAGAUCAUAUUGAUCUGGCAGCGUAUGGACAUCAGCAAGUGGGCAGAUUUGCUGUUCUUUUAGAUUUGUGGACAAAUGAAGCUGCAUAUUUGGAAAACAAGAGACAG